GUCUGGUGCGGCCAUGGAGAAGGUGUUAGCGAUGGCAACGGGGUUGGUGGCGUUGCUUCUCGUCGCCGGUGCCGGGCCGGCGGAGGGUGCAGUUUACAAGGUGGGGGAUUCCGCGGGGUGGACCAUCAUGGGGAGCCCCAACUACACUGCCUGGGCCGCGUCCAAGACCUUCCAUGUGGGAGACACCAUCGUGUUCGAGUACAACAAUAGCUUCCACAACGUGCUUGAGGUGACCAAGGCCGAGUACAAUGCAUGCAACGCCUCAUCUCCGAUCGCCACAUACGCCACCGGUAAUGACUCCAUCACCAUCAAGACCAAAGGCCACCACUACUUCCUCUGCGGCUUCCCCGGCCACUGCACCAUCGGCCAAAAGGUGGACAUCUACAUCCCCAAGUCCUCCUCUGCUGCCCCUUCCACCUCCCCGGCUGCUGCCCCUUCCCCAAGCAGCGGCAGCAGCAGCAGCAGCAGCGGUACCGGAGGCAUCCCUACACCGGCAGCUGCCCCGCGGCCCAGCGCUGGCACGAAGCCCGUGCCACAGGCGUUUGCCCUUGUUCUUGCUGUCUUCUCCUUCGUUGCCGUGGCCGGUGGCCUUGUUAGGCAGUAGUGGUUGCUUGUCGUGAGUGGUAAGUAAUAAGCUUGGCUCGUCGUCGUCGGACUGAUGUGCUCAUUUUUGGCGCUGUGGUGAUUAGUAUCAAACGAUGUGAGAAACGUUGCCAUGUUUACUUCACAUUUGAUUGUUUGUUGUUUGCAUGUUUCCUCAUGUCGCCAGUGACAUGGUAAUGUUAGAGUCUAAACUUUUGGUUGAGCCAUUAUAAAGAUUCAGUGUGUUGUGAUCACUGGCUCUACAAAUCAUUCGAUGUUUCAGUGACAUUUGUGGAAUCCCAACAGAGCUCGUCUUCUUUUC